AUGAGUCACCUACCAGAUAACUUUGUUGGAUUUUACCACACAGAAUCUAAUGAAACAGUAGGCACUGGGGAAACAGGAGAUGAAUCUUUACCCACUAAACUGGAUCCAAUUGAGCAUGGCCCCUUGACUUAUGUUGCAGGAUAUGUGGUUUCAAAACUUUUCCAAACAAAUAAAAGAAAGGCUGGAAAAACUAAUGAAGAGUUACAUUUGUUACUUCAAGGCAUGAAGUCCUCAGACCAGUCCUCUAGUUUUAUUUCAGCACGUACAAGAG